GAGGGUUUAUGCCUCGGGAGCUCGCCUCGCCACAGCAAGGGAAGCAAACUCACAGAAUCAGGAUUACUGAGUACGUGUUUAGGCUGAACUUUACAUGAUGAUCUUCAUAUAGGUCCAUUGGUAGCUCACCCUUGGUUCUAGAGCUUUCUUUCCCUUGCAACACCAUGAUUUUUCUCAUUAUGUCCUCAAUUACAUCUGGUUAUAUCUUCCAAACAUAAAACAUUUUGUGCCUCUGCAAUUCCCUCUGGACUUUGAGGUGUAAGAGUUCUGAGUUUCUGUUCCUGUCAUGCUUUGACAAUACAAGAUCCAUAGGUCAAUCUGGUCUCAUGACUAACGGUAACCAGCAACAGCUUCCCUUGCCAAACAAUAAUCUGGGCAUACAAACCCGCCCUCCAUUGGGUGCAGGAAUCCUCCAAAACAUGAAUCCCUUUAUGACCAAUAUGCAGCCAAUGGUCAAUCCACUUCCUUUCAUGCAUGCUGCUAAUAAUUUUCAUCCAUUGCAAAACAAUCAGCUGGUUCCACCUCAUUUGACCUUGCUUGGUCAGCAGAAUGGUGUUGGCAAUAUGAAUUGCAAUCCACUGUUUCCCGCUCAGGGACAAAACAUGGUGAAUGGAGGUCAAUUUAAUUUGUCUCAGGCCCAGGGGCAUAUUUUAGCACAAAAUAUUGCGAGUUUGCUUCAGCAAAAUAACAUGAAUAUGCAAAAUGGACAAUUUUGUGCUCCGUUGCCCCUGCAAAAUAUGAAUCAACAGUUACCUAUGCAGGUCUCAAACCCAGCUCAAGUUAUUCCAUAUGGUAUGCCUCCAGGUUCCCAUCCUAUGUGCAGCUUUCCAAACCAAGUGCCUCAAGCUAUGAUUCCUCAAACUCCAUUUUCUUCUGCACCUAUGCAGUUAAAUAAUGUGCCUGGAAACCAAGUGCCUCAGGCUAUGGUUCCUCAAAAUCCAUUUUGUUCCGCAAAUCUGCCAUUAAAUCAUGUGCCUGGAAACCAGGUUAGGCCACAGUUUAACCAGAAUGAGAAAAACAUGUUCUCACCUGGAAAAACAAAUGCUUUCACAUCAUCGCCUUUUGCAUCUCAGCAGUUGGAGGGGAACACUCGGGCACCACCUAAUCCUAAUGGUUUGAAGCAACUGCAUGCAAAACACUCCCAACCUGCAUUUUCAAAUUCUCAGGCAAAUCCUAUGAACAAUGUCAAAGCUAAUGCUCCAAACCCUAAUUGGAAAGGUUCACUGAGCAAAAACUUAAAAAAUAAUCCAAAUCGAGGGAGAUUUCAAGGAGGGUUUCAAAAGUCCAAGUUUCAUGAUAUCAACAAAGGAAAGAAGAAAUUUGGGACUCCAAAAGAACAUCGGCCCAAAGGGUUCAACAAUGAGAAGGUGGGAAAUUCUGGCUCUAACUAUAAGGAACAGAACAAGGAACUGAAAAGAUCUUUGUCAGUGAUAUACACUGACCAAGAAAUCCAGCAGUGGCGUGAAGCAAGGAAGAAGAACUACCCUACCAAAGGCAACAUUCAAAAGAAGCAGAAGGAGCAACAAAGUGCAUUGAAGGUCACUGAUAGGGAGGUUUUCCGAAGAGAGCUCAAGGAGAUUUUAGCAAAGCAAGCUGAGUUAGGGGUUGAAGUUGCUGAAAUACCAUCUUACUAUCUGAAGGAUUCUACAACAAAGGGUUUUGAGGGUGGAGAGAAAAGGAAUUCCUGUAACAAAAGAAAAUUCAAAAACAAGUUUGACAAAAGAACAGACAGAAAAGGUAGGUAUUCCAAGAAGCAGAAAUUUGCAAACAAAGAUGUGGCGCCAGACCCUUCAUCAGACAAGAGAAGUCCAACUUUGUUGCAAAAACUAUUGAGUGCAGAUAUAAAGAGGGAUAAGAGCCAUUUAUUUCAGGCUUUCAGGUUCAUGGUAAUGAAUUCCUUUUUCCAAGAAUGGCCUGACAAGCCACUUAGAUAUCCAUCUGUUAUGGUCAAAGAAAAUGGUCCUGAAGGUGGUGAUCAAGACCUUGUGAACUUGAUAAAUGACAAACGCGGUGAUGUUAUUGAAGAUGGAGAUUGUGAUGAUAAUAAAAAUGACUGUAUAGAGCAAGUCAAUCCGCAAGAGGAAUGUCCUGAUGGAGAAUUUGAAGAAUCUGAAGAGGAAGGUGAAAUUGUAGAUUGAACUCCAUGAUGCUAUAUCUUUGGUUCUAGCAUUAAAGAUUUUGACUAUAAGCUCUGCUAUAUAUUGUUCAUCUAGUUUAGUAGAUUUCAUAUCUCGAACACCUCUCUAUUUUUGCCUGGAGGGACAUGAACAGCUCGUUGUCUACCUUUGGAAUUUUAUGAUAGGUGCGCGUAAAUAUAGAAUCUUUUUUUUUUUUUAAA